AUGGCGUGUCCGAUUCCACUUCGAGUUAUGCGCCGCAUUUCCUCUGUCAGACCCCAGAACUUUCGCCCAGUUGCGCCAAUUCGACGAAGCUUUCUCACCCUUCCAGGCUCCGAACUCAUUACUCUGAAGGAAACUCGAAUUCUCCCGUACGAAUCGUCAAGUUUAUAUACCCUGAUCGCCGACGUGGACCUCUAUUCAAGCUUCAUACCUUAUUGUCAAGAAUCCCGAGUCACAAAAUGGUCAGAACCAGAUACCAAGGGGAAGAGAUGGCCCGAGCAAGCAGACUUGAAAGUUGGGUGGGGAGGGUUUGAGGAGACAUUCACAAGCAAGCUCAAUUGCGUCUCAGACACCAUUGUCGAGGCCCUCGGGGGUGAUGCUGUGCCCGCCGUUUCAAAACAGCAUUCACUUGGUCGCCUUUCGAGAAUAGAGUCUCCUGCUAUACCCAAUAACAUCUUCAAGCGGUUAUCAACGAGGUGGACGGUGAAGCCGCUUUUAGGACAACCCGCUACGUCUGGAGUCUCUCGCGUUCUCACAGAGGUGAACCUGGCGAUCGAAUUUCAAUUCUCAAACCCAUUGUAUGGAUCUCUGAGUAAAGCGGUUGCUCCAAAACUGGCAGAGGUUAUGAUUGAGGCAUUUGAGAAGAGGGCAAAGUUGUUGCUGGACAGCCCAAGGCAGAAGUAG